CUCUGUCUCUCUCUGUCUCUCUGUCUGUCUGUCUGUCUCUCUCUCUCUCUCUCUCUCUCUGUGUGUCUGUCUCUCUCUCGGUGUCUGUGCGUGUGGUUGUUCAGAGCAUGGCAGCAUCUAUCUCUGAAUGCAGAGAGGGUUGAGAUGAGGAGGAAAGAAAUACACUGCUAAUGGUAUACUGAGAGACUUACAUGCAUAGUACAAUACAAUCCACACAGGGAGACGGGAGCAUGUUGAAGUUGUGUGUGUUUGAUGUCUUGUGUGUGUCGCACGCCCUUCCAGCUGCAUUUCUAUGGUAGCUUGAUUUGAUGUAAGUAUCCUUUUUCUUUUGUGAGCAACAUUCCCGCUGUACUCUGUGCAGUAAAGUCUAGGCAGUAGUAACAUAGAUGAGUGCAACAUCAGCCCCGAACAGUGCGUGUGUGAGGUUGUGUCUCACGCCCUCUUGACAGCGUUGAUGAAUGCAGCAUCAGCCCCCAGCAGGAAGAUUGCUGUCACACACACACACACAUAGUUUUACUAUACUUGUUGGGACCUAAAUGUACGAUUUUCUGUUGCUCUCUGCUGUUUGCUGCGAUUACUUUAUUUCUCUGACACAGAGAUAUUAUACAUUAGCAGGAAUUAUCAGUUUACUGUGAGCAUCUAGUAUCACUAAAACAUGCAAAUGAGCCUCAUGCUGCUUAACUAGUACAUUUGGUUUCCUUUCUUGACUUAAGUGUUUCUGUCAUUCUGUUUGUCCUUCAAUUAAUAGAUUUCUAAUGAGCCAAUUGAACAUUGUCAAUGCAGUUCACAUCUCCCUCCAGACUUUAUUACAGCUUUGCCAUUGUUGGUUUAAACCAGAAGGUACAACUCUGCAACAAACAAAUGGGCUAUAUAGACCUGGGUGGACCUCAUCUGAUGUUCAAUGAAGAGGAAAUAGAGCUGUUGUGUGGACAGGUGCACUGCAGUGGAGAUGGAUAGUCAGUGUUGUCUGUGCAUUUGGUAAUCCUCUAUCACAUGCGCUUUGCAAUAAUAGAUCGAGGAACAUUAUCUAGAUUAGCCUUAAUGAAAGAAAUAGCAGUUGAACUAUGACCACAAUCAGUCUCUGAACAUUAAAGUUCAAGGAGCAGAAGAGGAUAGUUAGAGAGUUUGUAAGUGUGUCCUGGAAUCCGCAUAGAGAGAGUGUGGAAAGAAAAUGGAUGACGGGAUGAUUUGAGGAAAGGGGAGGGCUUUAUAGCCUACAUGGAUGGAUGAACGGGAUGAAAGCGAGAUUAAUGAAAUUAUGACAAAUAAAUGAUUAAACGGGCAGAUUGAAAUUUGUUUUCACUCUCAGACAGAGUAGAUGUGAGUGCUUUGGGGUUUCCUAGGCAACAGGUUGCCUGUCGGUUGGAUGGAAGGAAGAAGGGGCGAGUGGGCGUGCAGGAGUCAGCCAGGGCUUGUGGGAUGGCGAGGAGAGCGGAGGCAGGCAGGGACGAUUUGCACAGAGCGCACAGCAUGCCACACGGGGACCAACCAACGCCAGCUGUAGAUGCAUGGGAUUCCUAUGGGUGCCCCCUCUGCACUAGCUAUGACCACUGUCCUCCUAGCCCUGCCCCGCUGCUAACAGAUCAAAGAACCGUCAAAAAUGUUUACAACAUGCCACAUGCGGUAACAUCACACAGUUCUGUGGUGGUUACGGUCCGGGUGGGGAUUGUGGAAGUUAGCAAUGGCAUGUAAAAACGUCAUUGUAUGUCAAUGAAGCACUUGAUGAGAAGUUUGGCUCUCUUUCUUAGCAUUUCUUAGCAUUCAGCUGGUCGGUAACUGAAUCAUGUCCCGCUUGGAACACACACCUCUCUUGUACCGUUGAGUAUAGUAAGAGUCUUAGCAAGACAGGGCUGUGGUCACAUUUGAAUAUAUACUCAGCAAAAAAAGAAAUGUCCUCUCACUGUCAACUGCGUUUAUUUUCAGCAAACUUAAUGUGUAAAUAUUUGUGUGAACAUAAGACUCAACAACAGACAUAAACUGAACAAGUUCCACAGACAUGUGACUAACAGAAAUGGAAUAAUGUGUCCCUGAGCAAAGAGGGGUCAAAAUCAAAAGUAACAGUCGGUAUCUGGUGGGGCCACCAGCUGCAUUAAGUACUGCAGUGCAUCUCCUCCUCAUGGACUGCACCAGAUUUGCCAGUUCUUGCUGUGAGAUGUUACCCCGCUCUUCCACCAAGGCACCUGCAAGUUCCCAAAAAUUUCUGGGGGGAAUGGCCCUAGCCCUCACCCUCCGAUCCAACAGGUCCCAGACGUGCUCAAUGGGAUUGAGAUCUGGGCUCUUCGCUGGCCAUGGCAGAACACUGACAUUCCUGUCUUGCAGGGAGUCACUCACAGAACGAGCAGUAUGGCUGGUGGCAUUGUCAUGCUGGAGGGUCAUGUCAGGAUGAGCCUGCAGGAAGGGUACCACAUGAGGGAAGAGGAUGACUUCCCUGUAACGCACAGCGAUGAGAUUUCCUGCAAUGGCAACAAGCUCAGUCCGAUGAUGCUGUGACGCACCACCCCAGACCAUGACGGACUCACCACCUCAAAAUCGAUCCCGCUCCAGAGUACGGGCCUCGAUGUAACGCUCAUUCCUUCGACGAUAAACACGAAUCUGACCAUCACCCCUGGUGAGACCAAACCGUGACUCGUCAGUGAAGAGCACUUUUUGCCUGGUCCUGCGACGGUGGGUUUGUGCCCAUAGGCAACGUUGUUGCCUGUGAUGUCUGGUAGUGAUGUCUACAACAGGCCUACAAGCCCUCAGUCCAGCCUCUCUCAGCCUAUUGUGGACUGUCUGAGCACUGAUGGAGGGAUUGUGCGUUCCUGGUGUAACUCGGGCAGUUGUUGUUGCCAUCCUGUACCUGUCCCGCAGGUGUGAUGUUCGGAUGUACCGAUCCUGUGCAGGUGGUGUUACACGUUGUCUACCACUGUGAGGACGAUCAGCUGUCCGUCCUGUCUCCCUGUAGCGCUGUCUUAGGCGUCUCACAGCACGGACAUUGCAAUUUAUUGCCCUGGCCACAUCUGCAGUCCUCAUGCCUCCUUGCAGCAUGCCUAAGGCACGUUCACGCAGAUGAGCAGGGACCCUGGGCAUCUUUCUUUUGGUGUUUUUCAGUCAGUAGAAAGGCCUCUUUAGUGUCCGAAGCUUUCAUAACUGUGACCUUAAUUGCCUACCGUCUGUAAGCUGUUAGUGUCUUAACGACCGUUCCACAGGUGCAUGUUCAUUAAUUGUUUAUGCUUUAUUGAACAAGCAUGGGAAACAGUGUUUAAAACCUUUACAAUGAAGAUCUGUGGAGUUAUUUGGAUUUUACGAAUUCUCUUUGAAAGACAGGGUCCUUAAAAAGGAACGUUUCUUUUUUUGCUGAGUUUUCAUUGAAAUACCCAGCUGCAUAUUGACAGUGUGUUUUAUAAUGUGUUGUAAAGGGUGUUGAUGUAACUAGCAUUAAGGUAUCAUUAUCAUGAGACCAUUGUAAUGGAAGCUACUCGCUGCCCCCACACACACAAUGUAAAGCCCUUGGAGAAAACUAGUUUAAGGUGCUAAAUGAAUGUAAUCCAUGAUUAAAUGUCAAGGACCUUGUGGUCAUAACAGUUGUCCUUUAAUCCCACAGCAUUAACCAGUGAAUAACAGCUCAGGUUCUCUUCCUAUGGCUUCAAAAGAAGCAGAAUGGAAGUCUUUAGUGGAACUCACAUAGCUGCUCCCUUGAGACCAGUUGAACUGACGACCGGCAAAUAUUACAAACUGUCUCCAGCAUAAGCGAAUAGUAAUCACGGAUAUGUAUAGUGUAUAAAUAAUCUAUGUAAUGUGUUUGUGCUAAAAUGGCAACCCUAAUUUGUAUUCUAGCCCUCACCAUUCAGGCAUGUGUGUAAAUCUGUUGUAUGUAUGUACAUGUGGUGAGAUACUUGUAUUUCCAAAUCAGUCUCCUCACUUUACAAUAUGUGAUUAUUCAUUGUAGUGUUUAUUUCUUGCUCUUUUUUGUUUCUUCAGUUAUUGAGAAACGGGGGGUUCAAUUAUAUUAUCUUGAUUCCUCAUAUCCUUUCUCCUUGCCUCCUUCUUGAAAUGCAUUGGAGGAGAUCUUCUGUUCCAAUGUGUUGACAAGGAGACGAGAUGAGGAUGCGAGGAAUCAAGGAAAUACAGUUGAGAUUCACCCCAGGCCAAUUCACUGGGAGAAUCUCAAUUGAAUUCUCCUCGCGUCCUCUCUCCUUGCCUCCUUCUCAAAACCCAUUAGAGGAGCAGGUUGGUUUGAGCUUUCUCAAAACCAAUUGGACGAGAAAGCCAAAGGAGAGAGGAUGCGAGGAGUAUGCAAUUGAGAUUCUCCCACUGAGUGCUGGCUGCUGAGGGUUGUGGGUAGGGUGCAUGGCUAGCCAUUCCAUACCCCACUGAUGAGCCAGUUAUCUAAUCUCUGUCACUCACCGCUAAGGGCAAAUUAAUGUGAACAGGCAAGCUUUUAGGAGAACUGUUUUGUAUGUUAACUUUGCACGUUAAAAUUGUAUGAUUUGAUAAACAAAACUCUGCAUUAUAAAAAAAAAUCUACAAUUUAAUAAAUGUUCUUACCAUACAUAUACUUAUUUGGUGCUAGUAGUUCCCAUGGAAUACUCUUGAGCACCAUCUUUCCUCAAAUAGUGGAUUAGAUAUCUACAUAUUAAAAGGAGAUACAUUAAUUUUUCUCUUUGAGAUGGGAGAUAAAACAUGUAAUAAUUCUUAGCUUUCAUCAUGACUGGAACUUGUUCCUCACUCCUGCUACUUAGCAGUGUCUGAAUGACACCUAAUUAUCCCAUGUACAGAGAGUAGCUGUGAACAAACCCUCUCGUUCAAUGAUUUUAGCUCAAGUAAUUCUUUAGAAGAACCCAUUGUUUUUAUUUCCUGGAAUUCCCAUAAAACAUCAUUGUCCUCUGAAGGAAAUGUGCUGUAUUUGUAACUGAACAAUGUGAUUUGCUAUUGCAUGUAGCAACAGUGACACCCUCUGGUGAGGGUGUGUAACAACAGCACAGGCCGAGCUUUGAUGUGGUCCUGUUUGACCUCUAGUUGGUUUUCAAACCACUGUGCCAGCAUGCCCUUCCGGAACAAUGCUCUGAUUUCAGACUGAGAAUAGCUGUUAUCCAGUAGUAUGGAGGGAGAGACCAUUAUAGAAUCACUGUGGGGGGUUGUGGUAUCCAUCCAUGAGUAGUGCAUAGCUGCAGUGCAGGAAGAGAUGUGUUUUGUUUUGUCAUGCUUUGGCUCUGUGCGCUACGUGGGCAGAUAGAGCUUAUGUUUGGAUUUAGCUGGAUCUCCUCUGUUUAUUGUGGCAAGGCAGCGCUCAAUUGUUGGCUAAAAUCAGAUUAGCUAUUUGUUUACCCUCCCCAGCAGGGCCGGUCCUAGACUUUUGGGAGCCCUAAGCGAGAUUGUUUUCUAGAGUGGCUGCGGUUCCGGAUUUUCUGGAACCUGACUUGCCGUGGCUAUUGAUCCAGAUAUUUCUGCAUGGAGGGGGGAACUUCAUGUUGUGCACUAGAGAUAUGGUUGACAUGUUCUGACUAUGCAUUCCAUGCCUCAAGUGUGAUUUUAAUGUUUCUUUUUCAGGAGGGGUGAGAGGCUACAUGCAGCUAUCAUGUUGUACACAGAAGACAUGAUCGACAUGUUUGCAUAAACUUUGUUCUCUGUUGUAACAUAUUUAGGCAAGUAGGUCAAACACAAGCAAGACUCGUACAGGCAGUCAAAAUAGCGAUUAUUUUCUCAUUAAAUCAAAUCAAAGUUUAUUUGUCACGUGUGCCGAAUACAACAGGUGUAGACCUUACAGGGAAAUGCUUACUUAAAGGCUCUAACCAAUAGUGCAAAAAAGGUAUUAGGUGAACAAGAGGUAGGUAAAGAACUAAAACAACAGUAAAGACAGGCUAUAUACAGUAGCGAGCCUACGUACAGACACCGGUUAGUCAGGCUGGUUUGAGGUAGUAUGUAUAUGUAGAUAUGGUUAAAAGUGACUAUGCAUAUAUGAUAAACAGAGAGUAGCAGUAGCGUAAAAGAGGGGUUGGUGGGUGGGACACAAUGCAGAUAGCCCGGUUAGCCAAUGUGCGGGAGCAUAUAUGAUACACAGAGAGUUGCAGCAGCGUAACAAGAGGGGUUGGGGGGGCACACAAUGCAAAUAGUCUGGGUAGCCAUUUGAUUACCUGUUCAGGAGUCUUAUAGCUUGGGGGAAAAAACUGUUGAGAAGCCUUUUUGUCCUAGACUUGGCACUCCGGUACCGCUUGCCAUGCGGUAGUAGAGAACAGUCUGUGGCUGGGGUCUUUGACAAUUUUUAGGGCCUUCCUCUGACCGCGCCUGGUCUAGAGGUCCUGGAUGGCAGCUUGGUCCCAGUGAUGUACUGGGCUGUACGCACUACCCUCUGAAGUUCCUUGCUGUCAGAUGCCGAGCAAUUGCAGUACCAGGCAGUAAUGCAACCAGUCAGGAUGCUCUCGAUGUUGCAGCUGUAGAACCUUUUGAGGAUCUCAGGACCCAUGCCAAAUCUUUUUAGUUUCCAGGGGGGGAAUAGGCUUUGUUGUGCCCUCUUUAUGACUCUCUUGGUGUGUUUGGACCAUUCUAGUUUGUUGUUGAUGUGGACACCAAGGAACUUGAAGCUCUUAACAUGCUCCACUACAGCCCCGUCGAUGAGAAUGGGGGCGUGCUCGGUCCUCCUUUUCCUGUAGUCCACAAUCAUCUCCUUAGUCUUGGUCACGUUGAGGGAUAGGUUGUUAUUCUGGCACCACCCGGCCAGGUCUCGGACCUCCUCCCUAUAGGCUGUCUCGUCGUUGUUGGUGAUCAGGCCUUCCAUUGUUGUGUCGUCUGCAAAUUUAAUGAUGGUGUUGGACUCGUGCCUGGCCAUGCAGUCGUGGGUGAACAGGGAGUACAGGAGGGGACUGAGCACGCACCCCUGGGGAGCUCCAGUGUUGAGGAUCAGCGUGGCAGAUGUGUUGCUACCUUAUCAUUUCAAACAUUGGCUCGUUCAUUUUCCUGUAACUCUCGCUACAAUAUGGCCGCAUAACUAUGAAGAUUCAUAUCACAAAUAGCAGGCAGUCUAAAGCAGUAGUUGACAAACGACGUAAGGAAUAAUAGCGCGGCUGGCGAUGCAAUACUAACGGCCAUUGUCAGACUGGUUACUGGAUAUACAUGCACGGGCUGCCUUUCAGGUAAUUCUCAUUUUUCCAAGGGGCAGAAAGAAGAAAUGUGUAGUUUUUAGAGAUAAUUUCCUGCAAUUCUACCCAUUUUCCCAUGAAUUAUUCCAUGUUAAUGAUAUCUAAGUGAGCGUGAUUAACAAAAUCAGUGGGGGCGCCCUGGAGGUCAGGGCCCCUGGACACGUGCCCGGUAGGUAUUCGGCCAUGAUUACUACAAGUUUAGAUAUUUGGGGCGGCAGGUAGCUUAGUGGUUAGAGCAUUGGGUCAGUAAUCGAAAAGUUUCUGGUUUGAAUCCCCGAGCUGACGAGGUUAAAAUCUGUCGUUUUGCCCCUGGACAAGGCAGUUAACCCACAGUUCCCCGGUAGGCCGUCAUUGUAAAUAAGAAUUUGUUCUUAACUGACUUGCCUAGUUAAAUAAAGGUUACACACCCUGGACUAACUUGCCGAUCUAAGUUAUUUUAGCUGACAUGGCAAGUUGAGUGACUGUCAGUGACUGACAUAACAAGAGAAUAAUUGAUGAUGCACUAACACAUUUUGAACUUGCACCUUGUGUAUUCUAAUGCAAAAGUAAGUUGAGACCCCGACUGAGUUCCUGAAAAUGUAUUUUUCUUAUUUAUUUUUUUGGGGUCGGGGGUCCCCUAGCCGCCUGGGGCUCUAAACGACCGCUUAUGUCGCUUAUGCCUGGGGCCAACCCUGCUGCCGUGCUCCUCCCCUCUGUUAGCCUAUAGUGGCGUGGAGAUGCCGCUACUGUGUGUGUUUUUUAAAAAUGUAUUUAUAUUUAUUUAAUGUUUAUUUAACUAGGCAAGUCAGUUAAGAACAAAUUCUUAUUUACAAUGAUGACCUACACCAGCCAAACCCGGACGACGCUGGGCCAAUUGUGCCCCGCCCUAUGGGACUCCCAAUCAUGGCUGGUUGUGAUGCAGCCUGGAUGUUAAGUUAUAGUGGUCACUAGCUGGCAUAGCAACAAAGCCAUAAAUUGUGAUUUGAAAGUCUAACGAUAACCUUAACAAUAUAGCCAAUUUUGACUUUCCAAAUCACAUUUUAUUUGUCACGUGCCGAAUACAACAGUUGUACACUUUACCGUGAAAUGCUUACUUCCAAUCCCCUUUCCAGCAAUGCAGAGUUAAAAAGUAAGAACAUUUUGCAAAAAAAAUGAAAUAGUAACACAAUAACAAGGCUAUUUACAAGGAGUAGCGGUACCGAGUCAAUGUACGAGGUAGUUGAGGUCAUUUGGGUAAUAUGUACAUGUAAGUAGGGUAAAAGUGCAGCUGGUCCAUCUAGCGGAAAUCGUUUAGUUCUGCCUCCAGGACAAGACUCAUCCCAAUAAACGUCAACCUGCUAGAAGGUCACAGUUUGCCACACUGUAAUAACAACAUGUCCUUAUCAACAAUGGGGCUGUCUUGUUCUUCUUUGACGGAUACCUACAGUCUAAAGGUUCCCACAAAAUGGAUAUAAAUGUUGUUUGGGGGAAACUGGAACAUUUCUAAUCAUUGAAUGACAUUGUUCCUAAAUAUCCUUCAUCUCUUUUUUUUCUGUCACCUAGUUCUGCAGUUUGUAAACCUUUCCAAAAAACUAAGUGAAACUGGAAAGUUCUAUUUACAUCCACUAUCACCUGGUGAUUGUGACUUCUAUCAGUUUGCAUCUCUCGAGAACUGUAAUGACUUUUGCACUCUGUAAUGUGCAUGCAUUUAUCAUUGUCCAUUCUAGCUGACUCGCAACACCUGUUAUUUCAUCCCAAGGUGAAAUAACUGACUCAGCCAUUCCGAGUCGGUGAUUGCUGAUAUAGAAGUGUGGAUUCCUCCUAUUCCUGUGCGGUGGACCUGUAAUGCUGCUGACUAGCAGCGGGAGAAGUCGAGUCACCUGUGAAACUGGUAGGCAGCUCAGUGUGCACCCGGGGAGAAGAUAAUUAGCUUGCUGCCUUGCUCUCUGUCCCCAUACACCCGCCUCUUCUUAGAACAGUCAGAUGAGUCAUUGUGGGGUCACUGGCCCCUCAAUAACACAAGUUCUUAGCCUAUUCCACAACAAUGAAGGGGAGAGAAAGUUAAGUGAGUCUUUUUGUUUCAUAUUCGAUCUAUGGGAGUCAUGGUGUAUAGUGGCCUGGUGUCACUGUGUUCAUUGUGGUGGGACAAGUACUCUGAACUGAACCUUUCUAGGGACUGCUGCGACACUUAGAUGCAGAAGGUUGACAGCUACAGUAGCCUUGAGUCUAGGCCUAUAGCUUGAAAUCAACUGAUAAAUUACCAAGCGUUUCACAGCCUGACUCCUCUUCGUGUUGAAAUACAUCAGACAUAAUAAUGCCACUUAUUUUGCUGUAAUAACCAAAUUCAUCACUGUUUUUGAUACGAGGUAUAAGAUAUAAUGCCAACGAGAUAUAUGAUCAGCAUUAUAACCAGCAAGUUAUUUCUGACGACAUUUUUUGCUAUGUACGGACUUUUCAAUGGACACGCUCUUUAGAUGACCUUCCCUGAUGUCAUCCCCGUAACUUUUAACAACCUGUCAUCAGCGUCACCACAGCCACCGUGGAAAAACUGGUGUUUCAUCCCUGACAUGCACUGGGCCUCCUGCCAUUAUUUAAGCGCUUAUUCUUGGCCUUGGGCCUUGAGGCACUCGAGAGCAUGGAGUGCAGCGCACACAUUAUCAUCAGCACCUUAAUUACACUCAAUUAUCACAACAAAAUUAAUUUUGAUUAGUCCUGUAUGUACAUCUAAGCAGCAACACAUUAUCAUCAGCACCUUAAUUACACUCAAUUAUCAGAACAAAAUUAAUUUUGAUUAGUCCUGUAUAUACAUCUGAGCAGCAACACAUUAUCAUCAGCACCUUAAUUACACUCAAUUAUCAGAACAAAAUUAAUUUUGAUUAGUCCUGUAUAUACAUCUGAGCAGCAACACAUUAUCAGGCUGAGGUAAUGAUGAUGAUCUCGACCUUGAAAUCAUCACUCAUUUCUCUUUCGUGCCUUGUGAUUGGUUUGGAUUCUCCAGUUAAGACUGUUAAUUGUUGAUGGUGGCGUGUUGCAACCUGAAACAAUGCUUUUUGAUAUUGAUGUGAUAGUUAAUUCCAGAAUCAAAUGUAGUCAGAUAUUUUCAGACCACAAUAGCUGUGUAAUAUCAGGAUGAGUCCACAUCCCAUGCCAUCUGUUCGGGUACUAGAUCCAACAAUUUGCCUCGAUCCCAAAAUAAUGAGAGAAUAGAUGCAGUCUAAUUUUAGUAUUCAAGAGGAUGCCCAUCUUUGCUAUUCAUUUGGGAUUGACACAUAACAGAUGGCGUGAACUCUCUCAAUGAUUUAGGGUGUGAACUACUGCUUGAAGCCCAGCCAACCAAGUCAGUGGUUCCUGGUGUACUUGAUGUUCUGCAGUCAGUGCCGAACACAAGCCAGCAAAAUAAUGUCUUGAAAGAUAUUGGACAUCACCAGAGGCUGGGUCUCCUCUCCACCGCUGCUAUCACUAUCAAUGGGGCUCUCCACUCCGUUCAGCAGUAGAUAUUCUCCAUCAGCCUAGUUUUAUCUCUUUGAAAACUGUUUGAAUACUUCUUCUGUCUGUGGCUGUCGCGUAUCGGAUGUGCUCGAGACAAGGUUUUGUACUAUAGCAGAGAGUUGACCAACUUCCUUUUUCAGUGGGUAUAGGCACCACCAUUCUUAUUGAAUAUCUGUCCCUAAAGGAAUGGAAGCUCUGAGCACACCUAGCUCUUCUCUGUUCCUGGAGUUUGAUGGCAAGUUAGCAAAGGAUUUCAGAGGACGUUAUCGCCUAGGCCUAUCGUCUAAGUUCUGUAUGAGGAUGUAAAAGCCUAUAGACAUAGAUUUUAUUGAAUUAUUCAAGUUCUAAGCUCUCUGUUGAUAAGGGCAUCAGCCUAGCGGUCCUCUGACUGGCUGGCUGGGGCAUGGCACGCAGAGACAGGCUGUCGUGGUGGGGUGAACGCUGUCAGGUGUCAUGGUGGGGUGGGGUUCAGAUGGGGUGAUGCCAGCGGUCCUCUGACUGGAUGGGUCCUCUCGGUCCUGUGACACACCGCAGAGAGAGAGAGCGAGAGACGCUGUUGGUCAUGGUGGGUUGACGCCUGCUAGCCAGUGAACCUGCAGCUGUCGGUCUUUCUUUCUCUCUGUCUCCCUCUCUCGACAUGAGGCAUCAGUCUGGGAAACUGACAAAACCACUGUGCUCACUCAUCUCAUUGGCAUGCAGAUUUCAGCAGGCAGCCCAGAGGGAGACAGAGGGAGAGGCAGAGAACCUAACAGACAAUACUUCUGUAGGGAAUAGGCAGAAACAACAGCACUGCUACUUAUUAACCACUUACCCCUGCUUCACUUUACAUUUACAUUUAUGUCAUUUAGCAGACGCUCUUAUCCAGAGCGACUUACAAAUUGGAAAGUUCAUACAUAUUCAUCCUGGUCCCCCCGUGGGAAUUGAACCCUGGUCCCCCCGUGGGAAUUGAACCCACAACCCUGGCGUUGCAAAUGCCAUGCUCUACCAACUGAGCCACACGGGACCACUUUACUUCACUUCCCCCCUAGGUGUUGUUUAGUAGGCAUGGAAUGGGACAAAAGGUUUUCAAAUAGAGGUUGGUUGGGCUUCUACCUGACCUUGACUAAUGGGAACAGCGAUGUUUGUAUUUCCUGGUGGUCCGAACAGAACGCAACCCCCUAGUGCAACAUUCCGAUUCUUGUCAUGGAUAGUAAGUAGUCAUGUCUCUCUGCUUUAAAUAGUACAUAGCAUUUAUACUGAGUGUAAAAAACAUUAAGGACACCUGCUCUUUCCAUGACAUAGACUGACGAGGUGAAUCCAGGUGAUGUCACUUGUUUGAAGUGGAUUAAUCAGUGUAGAUGAAGGGGAGGAGACAGGCCAAAGAAGGAUUUUUAAGCCUUGAGACAAUUCAGACAUGGAUUGUGUAUGUGUGCCAUUCAGAGGGUGAAUGGACAAGACAAAAGAUGUAUGUGCCUUUGAACAGGGUAUGGUAGUAGGUGCCAGGUGUACCGAUUUUGUGUCAAGAACGGCAACACUGCUGGGGUUUUCAACAGUUUCCUGUGUGUAUCAAGAAUGGUCCACCUCCCAAAGGACAUCCAGCCAACAUGACAACUGUUGGAAGCCCUGGAGUCAACAUAGGCCAGCAUCCCUGUGGAAUGAUUUUGAUACCUUGCAGAGUCCGUGCCCCGACUAAUUGAGGCUGUUCUGAGGGCAAAAGGGGGGGGGGGGGUUUCAACUCAAUAUAAGGAAGAUGUUCCUAAUGUUUGGUAUACUUAGUUUAUAUCUGCAAUGUUCUGAAUGUUUCACCUUACUAAAGAGGCCACACAUGCAGAAAUGAAGAACUGUAAUUUGGUUGUGCUAUGGCACUGUGUAUUUCUACCGUUAGACCCUAGUGGUGCAGGGUGGAAUACUACAGUACUAUUUCUUCCAUGGUUUGUCUUCCAACUCCUCCCUACACGUGCUCUCACACCUGUCUCAUCCCUCCUGCCUCGGCAUCCCAGCAGAGCCCCAGAAAUAGCCCACUUUAGCAGUGUGGUGGCACCAGGGGCCCGUUACAAUGUGACCUGCGAAGGGCAACACCUGUGAAGAUCCCUGAGUAAAAAUAACCAAAACAAUCCACGCUGAGUUGACACAGGUGGUGCCGAGGGCUUCCCUGGCCUCCAUGAAUACAUUAGUUCUACUUCUAGAAUGUUUGCUGCAGUUAUGUAUCAUGCUUACUUAGAUUACAUAACGGAACAGAAUCACAUUAUAAAAUCUUAGUUCUCUUGAAGGGGGCCGGAUGCCGUAGUAUAGUGAUGAUAAAGUUGGUUGGGUAGACAUCUUUGUGGUUUGGGUAAGUACACAUUUCUGGGAUCUUUUAUUUCAGUUUAUAUUUUUGCGCAAAAAAUGCUGUUUACAUCCCUGUUAGUGAGAAUUUCUCCUUUGACAAGAUAAUCUGUCCACCUGACAGGUGUGGCAUAUCAAGAAGCUGAUUAAACAGCCGGAUCAUUACACAGGUGCACCUUGUGCUGGGGACAAUAAAAGGCCACUCUAAAAUGUGCAGUUUUGUCACAACACAAUGCCACAGAUGUCUCAAGUUUUGAAGGAGCAUCCAAUUGGCAUGUUGACUGCAUGAAUGUCCUCCAGAGUUGUUGCCAGAGAAAUUCAUGUUAAUUUCUCUACCAUAAGCCAUCUCCAAUGUCAUUUCAGAGAAUUUGGCAGUACAUCCAACUGGCCUCACAACCGCCUACCAUGCGUAACCACUCCACCCCUUCGCGCACUCAAUGUCGCCGAGAUAUGUCGAGUUUCCUUGUAGGCGGGGCUAUUUGGCGGGGGAAACUGUGAAGCCAGCUGUAUAGCCUAUUGCCUGUUUCUGUUUUGAGUCUUUUAUUAAAGAAUGUGAAAUAAUCUGUUCAUUACAUGGCUGUUCUUUUUAUAUGGCCUACAAUAAAUGUGUUCAUAUGGGCAGAAUGUUAUCUAUAGGUUAUAGCAUACCCAAUUUCGAUCAGUUAUGAAAAUAGAACAUUCCAUACGAAACAAAUGUUUCUGGUCAAAGGCCGACAUUUGGACGUUUCAAUUAAAAAAAGACUGUCACAACUUUAGAAAUGUAAACAUUAUGAUUUUAGAGAGACAAAUUAAUAAUAACCUAUGAUUUAAAGGGUUAGGAUAUACUCGGCGCUCACCAUCAUCAUUAUCAUAAUUGAUAUCUUUCCAAUUUAAUCAAGUCACAAUUAUCAGCAUUGGUAUAGACAUCAGUGAGCAGGCUUUCCGAGUGGGAAGAAACACAUGGUUAGGCCUACCAAAGAAAAACGUCUGAAAUUGAAAAUGAUUAUGAAAUUUGAGCCACAGAAAUACAAUGUUUAUAUAAAAUGUCUGCCUUUCCCCUUACAUUUUAACAGUCCAAAUCCAUUUAUUAUAGGAAAACAUCACCAAAUCAAUUUAGCCUAUGUCGUUUCAUUUAGUCUCAUUAUGAUAUGGAAGAUGUAAGCUAUUUCACAAGAACAGAAUACCAUACUUUGAGUUGACUCUAGAGGCUAUUAUACUAAAGAUCUAACCAAGGUUCAAUUUAAGGCAAAGGGCAUGUUUUAAAACUAUUUUGAUACUCACCUUAUUUCUUGAUAAUAUGAAUCAAGAUGUAGUACAUUUUGUUUUAAAAUCAGUAUUUGUCCAUCUCUCCCAUUUGUACCCAUUUUCAAUAAAAAAAAUAUGCCUGAGAGAUUCAGAAGACGAACAUUGGAAUGUAAAGUGCUGCCCUUACCUGGCUGGCGAGGACACUCGGGUGAAUUCUAAUAGGUACACAAACUAAAGAAGACUUAUUUUGUAUUUUAUUAACUUAAGAUUCUCACCAGGACAGGCAGACAGUCCAGACAGACAAACAAUACAGUAGGCUGGCUAUACAUUGCACAAAAUAGCAUAGGGUAUUUAAAUACAUUUAAGCGAAUGAAUGCAAAUGUAUGCUGCUAAUGAACAAUAACAAGGCCCAGUCCAUUACCUUUGAAACUCUCCUCUUUGAACUGCCAGAUAUGAAUAAAUGGGUUGGAUGGAUGGCUUGGAUUGUCCAGCAAUUGAAUUGCAAGUCAUUCAUAUGCUAAUAAUCCAAAUGUUCUGCUUAAAAAGACCUUGCACUGCUACCCUCAACAUUCAUUAUUCUUAGAGGAGGUCAGAACAAGCAACAGUGACGUCCAGAGUUUCAUAACCAGAGUUUCAUAACCAGAGUUUCAUAACCAGAGGCUCAGCCCUGAAGACCAGUGGCUGACUGGGGACUCCCAUAUCAUAUAUAUGUGCUGGUCUGAGAUAUAUGCGGGUCUGAGAAAAAUACAGCCUUUUCUAAAAUAAUUUCCUGCAAUUCUACGUCAUUUUACAUGACAGGAGACAUUACAAGAACAUUUUUUAAUUCCACACAAAUUACCAAAAUGACAAGAUACUCUGACAUUGACAUACUGAGAUCAAUAAAACAAAUGACCCUGGUCUUAAAUGCAACCAAUAGCAUAGGCCAAUGACAAGAGUCUAGGUCUAUACACAGAUUGUAGGCCUACAAUAUCAGGAGGAAAUUAUAGUCCGCCAACUUUCCAGUGGCACUCACUUAUCCAAGCUCCUGGUGACGUCCCUGACAAGCAAUGGAAACCUAAUUUAUUCUCUGUGCUUAAAAAAAUAUAUUGGCGAAUGAAGCCUACACCUACAAACGGGAACGACAGACCACAAAUAAGUCCUUCUGGAAGUGCUCCGAAUAUGAUGCGUUCGAAUGCCGAGGUCACAUAACCCCUGACAGGGUUAUAUCCACAUUAUGCUGGAUGCACGGUUCUUUCAGCUCCCGGAACAUCAACUGGAGGAGCUCCUGACAUACUUUCAGGCAACAUGGUUUGGAGAGAAGGUCAGAUGCAUUGGAAGAAAGCCAAUGCUUCCCAUAGGUAGCCUUAUGUCUUGUUUAACUUACUGGCUUUACUAGUAUUCUUGAUGACAGCAUGUCCAAGGUCAAUAACAUUGUUGCUAAACUGCUUCUAUUUCUUUUUUUCUUGUUAAAAAAUAUGUAACUGCUACGAUGCUUUUUUGUUGAAUCUUGGCGCUACCCAACCCACCAUUUGGAAGUUCGAGGCAUUGCAAUGACUGCAUCAAAGAGAUGAAAAGAGAAUGGAGCAGCAACUUGCUGGCGUUUCUCCACCAUGGCAAAGAACCCGCUACUGCAAGCAACAGAAGGAUCUGAAGUCACUGGUUGAGAAAUACAUCACAACUGAAUGGCAGGAGUCUUACCUGAAGAGCGUUGCCUACACUUUCAAGUUGCAGUUGUGAAUACUCCAAAAUCCAUCAGACAAAUGAGGACCUAGCCUACUUAGACACUUCUUCAUGACACAUACAUUUCAACCCUUUCAAUGACUCCAAAAUCCUUAUGAGACCAGCACAUUAAAACUUCUUAGAGAUAGCCCGCUUUUUUUCAAUUUUCGCCUAAAAUUACAUAACCAAAUCUAACUGUCUGUAACUCAGGCCCUGAAGCAAGGAUAUGCAUAUUAUUGGUACCAUUUGAAAAGAAACACUUUGAAGUUUGUGGAAAUGUGAAUUGAAUGUAGGAGAAUAUAGCACAAUAGAUCUGGUAGAAGACAUUCUUUUCCUUUUUUUUCUACCACCAACUUUGAAAUGGAACGAAUCUAGCCAUCACUCUGGUUGUAAUUCCCAUGGUGUCCACAAGGUAGCAGCAGUGUAUGUGCAAAGUUUCAGACGGAUAACUUGAAGUAUGAGAGAACUACCUGACAUUUUAGUGUGAAGUCACCCGGGUACAUUUGGGGAAAUCAUGAAGGAGACAUUUACAUUACAUUUUUCUGCAAGAAUAUCAUCAAAUCUUUAUACUUGGACUUUUAGCUUUUCCAGUAUUAGUAGCCAUAUUGUAAGUUCAACAUUUGCAAAACACCCAGUUUUCAUAAUUUCAUAACUCUCCAUAUUCUUGUAAUUUUUGUCCCGACAGAUACGGGGUUUCCGCAUACUCCCGUAAAGCCCAGCUCAUUGGCUAUCUAGCUAGCUUUGUUUGACCCUGAUUGGUGCUUAUUUUACAAAGUUACAGUCAAUCAAGUAAAGACCGCCCCUGUCAUCGGCGCGCAAAAUUUGGUGUCCUAUAGGAUAUACUACACUCCUAAGAUAUAUUGAAGUCUAGUUACGUUCUAGGAUCUCUAAUAAAUACGAACAUGAUUUGACUGGUUGAAACAACGUUUAGGGUUAGAUUUUCACAGAUUCCUUUCUUUGCAAAUUGAACUAGUGGAAAUACAAAAUCAAUCAUGCAUGCUAUAUGGACCUUUUUAAGAUAUGAAAAAUGAUUUUAUCGAAUAAAACGACACGUCAUGUUAUCUCUGGGACCCUUUGGAUGAUUAAUCAGAGCAAGAUUUCAGAAUGUAAGUACACAUUUCAUCUUCAGAGGUAAAUUUAUCAAACCCAUUGCUGUGAAAAAAGUGUUUUGUUGUUAGGAGCUCUCCUUAAACAAUAGCAUGCCGUUUUUUCGCAGUAAUAGCUACUGUAAAUUGGACAGUGCAGUUAUAUUAACAAGAAUUUAAGCUUUCAGACGAUAUAAGACGGGGGCGGCAGGUAGCCUAGUGGUUAGAGUGUUGGACUUGUAACCGAAAGGUUGCAAGAUUGAAUCCCCAAGCUGACAAGGUAAAAAUCUGUCGUUCUUACCCUGAACAAGGCAGUUAACCCACUGUUCCUAGGCCGUCAUUGUAAAUAAGAAUUUGUUCUUAACUGACUUGCCUAGUUAAAUAAAGGUAAAAAAAAAAAAAAUAUGUACCGACAUUUGUUCCUCUAAAAUCUGCGAUCAUGACACACGGCGCUGCAUGAUUUACAACUGUCCCGUUGGCCGGACGCCUAUCCCUAAAUUAAGCACAUUCUUGGAAGGAUUUGUUCCUGAACUUGUUGUUAUGGUGCUGCAUUGUCAUGUAGCCUACUCUUUUUUUUGUUGUGUAUUUUAGGCCUACUUAUUUUUUCCCCAUUGUUGUUUAGUAUUUUGCUCUGAUUUUUUUGUUGAUAAUAAAGGGUUUAUGGUUGGUGUUAAUGGAUGGUAUAGAAACUAAAAUACAUUGUAGAAACUAGAUAUUAUCUGUUUUUAGCCUUUAUAUAACCAUAUGAACUAAUUUAUAUACAACAUUCUGCCCAUAUGAACAAAUGUGUAUAUAGGCUACAAGAUUCUGCCCAUAUAAAGGAAUAUAAUAUUUGUAGCCAUACAUGAUUUAAUGAAAAGCAGUAAACAUACACAUUUAAUAACUCAUAAUCACACCCAGGCAAUAGUUAACAUACACAUUGUUUCACAUUCUUUAACUGACUCAUAAUCACACCCAGGCAAUAGUUAACAUACAAAUUUUUUCACAUUCUUUAACUGACUCAUAAUCACACCCAGGCAAUAGUUAACAUACACAUUGUUUCACAUUCUUUAAUUACUAACUCAUAAUCACACCCAGGCAAUAGUUAACAUACACAUUGUUUCACAUUCUUUAACUGACUCAUAAUCACACCCAGGCAAUAGUUAACAUAGUGCUGCUUCGCACCAGCCUGAUCGUCUGAGGGCGAGCGGUUUGCUGACGUCAACGUUGUGAACAGAGGGGUGAACAACAUGGUGGCAAUGGGGUUAUGGUAUGGGCAGGCAUAAGCUACGGACAACGAACACAAUUUCAUUUUAUUGAUGGCAAUUUUAAUGUACAGAGAUACCGUGAUGAGAUCCUGAGGCCCAUUGUCGUGCCAUUUAUCUGCCGCCAUCACCUCAUGUUUUAGCAUGGUAAUGCACGGCCCCAUGUCGCAAGGGUCUGUACAUAGUUCCUGGAAGCUGAAAAUGUCCCAGUUCUUCCAUGGCCUGCAUACUCACCAGACAUGUCACCCGUUGAGCAUGCUUGGGAUGCUCUGGAUUGACGUGUACGACAGCGUGUUCCAAUUCCCGCCAAUAUCCAAUAACCUCACAGCCAUUGAAGAGUAGUGGGACUACAUUCCACAGAUCACAAUGAACAGCCUGAUCAACUCUACAGUAUGUGAUCAACUCUAUGGUGGUCACACCAGAUACUGACUGGUUUUCUGAUCCACACCCCUACUUCUUUUUUACAAGGUAUCGCUGACAAACAGAUUUACAUCUGUAUUCCCAGUCAUGUGAAAUACAUAGAUUAGGGUUUAAUGCAUUUAUUUCAAUUGACUGAUUUCCUUAUGUGAACUGUCACUCAGUAAAAUCUUUGAAAUUGUUACGUGUUGCGUUUUAUAUUUUUGUUCAGUGUAGUUAAAGUCAAGAACAGUCCUUCCCCUUCUCAUGAGGUGCUGCUGAUGCAGUACUCAGCAGACUGGUAGGAGGGAGGGAGGAGGAUGAAUGGCGGGAGGGAGAGUGAGAAAAGCGAGAGAGAGGUCCUGGUGGAGCUUAAGUUCUGAUCUCAUUUCUGCUGCCUAAGGUUGUUUUCCUGUGGCCCAACUUCUGUUCUCUGCUCAUUAGCCUGCCUCGCUCCCUUCGGAUUGCUGUAGGAAGGAUGAUGGCUCUGUGUGUCUCCGGGAGAGUGUGUGUGUGCUCAGACACACUACUCCUCAGUGCAAGAUAAAAUUCAAUUGGGUAAAAGUUACCACGGAUUGGACCCCAGAGUAGGUGUAGGAGGUGAUGACACUUCAAAACCCAAUGAGGUAUUAUGGGUAGACUAAGUGGUGUUCUACGUGUCCAGCAUACCACAUCAGUGGCAUUGGAUGUGUUCAUAGUUUGUGUGUGUUGGGAGCUCAGUAUCUUCAGUACAGCGCAUUUUCUCUCUCUAGAGCUGAGGCUUUAUUGUCCCCCAGCAGGCAAUUUGUUCUGCAGCAUGUCAUCAUCAAACGCAUUCAGGUAGCAUCAAAUAGUAGCAUCAAAUAGUUUCAAUACAUUCACAAUACAGAGCAAUAGAGUUUCCUCAUUGCAUAUACACUGAGUGUACAAAACAUUAAGAAUACCUUCCUAAUAUUGAGUUGCACCCCUUUUUCCCCCAGAACAGCCUCAAUUCGUUGGUGCGUGGACUCUACAAGGUGUUGAAAGGUUCCACAGGGAUGCUGGCCCAUGUUGACUCCAAUGCUUCCCACAGUUGUGUCAAGUUGGCUGGAUGUCCUUUUGGUGGUGGACCAUUCUUGAUGCACACGGGAAACUGUUGAGCGUGAAAAACCCAGCAGCAUUGCAGUUUAUUUAUUCCUCCUGUUAUGAUCUUUUUUUAUUUUCUCUGCAUUGUUGGAAAGGACCAAUAAGUAAUCCUUUCACUGUUAGUCUACACCUGUUGUUUACAAAGCAUGUGACAAAUAACAUUUGAUUGACACACUCAAAUCAGUGCGCCUGGCACCUACUACCAUACUUUGUUUCAAAGGACCUUAAAUAUUUUGUCUUGCCUAUUCUCCCUCUGAAUGGCACACAAUCCACAAAAGUCUCCUCCCCUUCAUCUACAUUGAUUUGAAGUGGAUUUAACAAGUGACAUCAGUAAGGGAUCAUAGCUUUCACCUGGUCAGUCUGUAUUGGUGUUCCUAAUGUUUUGUACACAGUGUCUAAUGGUACAUUUACUGCGGCACGUCCACAGUCCUUAUUAUGACCAGUGUGGCUCUGUUUUGUCAAUGUCCACACCAGAUUGCUGCUUAGAAUGAGCAAUAUACUAUUGGGCAUGCAUUCUAUGUAGUAUUGGCCAUGCAUUCUAAGUAGUAUUGGAUUGGGCAUGCAUUCUAAGUAGUAUUGGGCAUGCAUUCUAAGUAGUAUUGGAUUGGGCAUGCAUUCUAAGUAGUAUUGGGCAUGCAUUCUAAGCAGCAGGCCUAUGUUGGACAUUAGAGCUAAACCUAUGGCAGCUGUUGGUCUCGGUGUGGCACCUUGCCUUGGAGCAGCACAAUGUCCUACGUAUGUCUUUUUGGCACGGCCGCUCUGUGCUUCCAUUAAACUGGCUUUGCUUUGACACCACUCAAGGGGACAUCACCUCUCCCUCCAAUCCAAUACAGCUGACUGCUCUACUCAGCAUUUGGAACAACUCAACAAUUCAAUCCCACCCGCCCGGCUGGCUGGUAUAACUCAAAAGUGUGUUUUGAUUCAAGCAGGUUGCGAUUUUUUUGAUGUUGUCACGUCUAGGAUGUUUCCUGGGAAACUGAGUGUGAUUCAUUAUUCUCGAUGAUUGAUGUUUUUCUCUCUCGUCUGGAUACACAGGAAUGGUGUAGUAGAGAGACACGGCCAAGUUUGUGAUCUUCUCAGGAUACUAAUACCGUUUGUCCCUUCCCUAUCUUUGAAAACUUCAUUGAUUUUAUUUGGCUAACAAAUUAGAUUUUUCUGUUCUUUUUGUUUGUUUAUUUGAUAAAAAAUACUGCUUGUAGUCACUGGUGCCACUAUAUUUUCUAAUAGAAAUCAAAAUACUUUAAGCGAUUCUAAUGAUCAAAUGAAAUAGCCUAGGCCUAGAUAUGAUGUCCAUAGUUACACACUUAAACUCAUAGGUCCAGGGAUUCCCACAGUGAAAAAGCUGAAAUUCGCUACUUUCGUUCAUUUGCUUGCUUUGCCCUCAUAUUUAGCCUCACAUUGAAGUGUUUUACCGUUUUAUUUUCAGGACAACCAGCGCUACAAGUAGUUUGUGACAGCCGUUAUGUGAGCUUAUUACUGUAUUAUAUAGACACUGUUCCCUGGGAUUUCUUAUGAUCUUCUAUUUAAAAGAGCCUGUUACCUCUAAUGACUCUUGUGUGGCUUGCGUCCUAGAGCAAAACAUGGGCGUGUUAUGUGUACGGGAGAUUCUCAGCUUUUCAAAGUGGAGUCAUAAUAGUUUGUCGCUCAAGCCGUUAGGACUUCAGACGUUUUUGUGAGGAGACGUUUUCGGGAUCUGCCCUUGUCUCACAAACACUACUAUAGUUCAGCCGCCGUUAGUCGCGCAGGCUAGUGGUUGGUAUCGGUGGAUGCAGAAGAAAUAGACUAUUCCAAUGCAAAUCCAGCUCAAACACAAUGUUUAGAAGCCCUUAAUCAUGCUGGGGUGAAAGUGGGACUCAAAGUGGAGGUUACCCAUUUAAUUUGGCAACUGAAGUCUUGCUGCAGGCUAAUGUGGUUGUUCUGUGUUCUACUGACAACAGGACCAGUACCAUUCUGUGAAUGUUCUCAUCAAUGUCCUCUGUAAGACUGUCUGGGGUGCAAUAGUAGGUGAGUCAGAAUCACUGAAAUCAGCACUUUUACUGUCCUGUAGGAUUUGGUAUUUGAUUUAAUACUGUAAUAUUUAAUACUGUAAUACUAAAAAAACUGCAUUAUAAUCAUAUUCUAGUGACAUCAAUUCGAUAUGGAUAUUCUAUUAAUUUAUAAUUUUGUCCGUCAUGACUCUUAUUUUGUUUAGCACUUUUCUCAAUUUUGGGUAACAGCAACUUUCCUACUGGCACCAUUUUUUUGUUGUCACACCAUUUUAAGAUUAUUAUUUUGACCUGCCAGAAUACAGUCUCUCAACGGUCACCAGCAGCCAAAACACUAGAGUGUCAUAGCACUUGUAUGUUUGAUUUUACAAUGUUAUUUUCUGGUUAGAUUACCUUGACUGUCUGAAUCACUGAGUAAUACUAAUGUCAUAUCCAGUAAAGGUCAGUCCUGAUGGUGCUAUGGGACAUGACACCCAUAAUUAAGAUAUUGGGGUGACUUUGAACUUCCCUGAUAACUCAAACUGAAUUAUUCUGCUGCUCUAUUCUCUAUUCAUGUUCAAAAAAACAUAUCACAUUUACAUAAGUAUUCAGACCCUUCACUCAGUGCUUUUGUUGAUGCACCUUUGGCAGUAAUUACAUCCUUGUCUUCUUGGGUAUGACACUACAAGCUUGGCACGCCUGUAUUUGGGAAGUUUUUCCUAUUCUUCUCUGCAGAUCCUCUAAAGCUCUGUCAGGUUGGAUGGGGAGCGUUGCUGCACAGCUAUUGUCAUGUCUUUCCAGAGAUGUUUGAUCGGGUUCAAGUCUUGCCUUUGGCUGGGAAAUUCAAGGACAUUCAGAGACUUGUCAUGAAGCCACUCCUGCGUUGUCUUGGCUGUGUGCUUAGGGUCGUUGUCCUGUUGGAAGGUGAACCUUCAUCCCAGUCUGAGGUCCUGAGCGCUCUGGAGCAGGUUUUCAUCAAGGAUCUCUCUCCACUUUGCUCCGUUCAUAUUUCCCUCGAUCCUGACUAGUCUCCCAGUCCUUGCCGCUGAAAAACAAACCCACAGCAUGAUGCUGCCACCACCAUGCUUCACCAUAGGGAUGGUGCCAGGUUUCCUCCCAGACGUGAUGCUUGGCAUUCAGGCUAAGGAGUUCAAUCUUAGUUUCAUCAGACCAGAGAAUCUUGUUUCUCAUUGUUUGAGUCCUCUAGGUGCCUUUUGGCAAACUCCAAGCGUGCUAUCAUGUGCCUUUUUACUGAGGAGUGGCUUCUGUCUGACCACUACCAUAAAGGCCUGAUUGGUGGAGUGCUGCAGAGAUUGUUGUCCUUCUGGAAGGUUCUCCCAUCUCCACAGAGGAAGUCUGGAGCUCUGUCAGAGUGACCAUCGGUUUUUAGUCAGUUUGGUCAGGCGGCUAGCUCUGGGAAGAGUCUUGGUGGUUUCAAACUUCUUCCAUUAAAGAAUGAUGGAGGCGACUGUGUUCUUGGGGAUUUUCAAUGCUGUAGAAAUUCUUUGGUACCCUUCCCUAGAGACACAAUCCUGUCUCGGAGCUCUACAGACUAUUCCUUCGACCUCAUGGCUUGGUUUUUGCUCUGACAUGCACUGUCAAAUGUGGGACCUUUUAUAAAGACAGGUGUGUGCCUUUCCAAAUCAUGUUCAAUCAAUUGAAUUUACCACAGGUGGACUCCAAUCAAGUUGUAGAAACAUCUCAAGGAUAAUCAAUGGAAACAGGAUGCACCUGAGCUCAAUUUCGAAUCUCAUAGAAAAGGGUCUGAAUACUUAUGUAAAUAAGAUAUUUCUAAAAUUCGCUUUCGCUUUGUCAUUAUGGGGUAUUGUGUGUAGAUUUCUGAGUUUCUAUUUACUUAAUCCAUUUCAAGGCUGUAAUGUAACAAAAUGUGGACAAAGUCUGAAUACUUUCCUAACAAGCAAUAUCUAACAUUUUCACAACAUAUACCCAAAAUACACAUACAUCUAAGUAAGGAAUGGAUUACGAAUAUUUACAUAGUACAUGUAUGUAUAAUAUUUAGGCCCUAAUCUAUGGAUUUCACACAACUGGGCAGGGGCGCAGCCAUGGGUGGGCCUGGGAGGACAUUGGAAUGAGUUUUUCCCCACAAAAAGGUUUUAUUACAGACAGAAAUACUCUUCACUUCCAUCAGCUGGACAAGUGGCUGGUCUCCGAUGAUCCCGCAGGUGAAGAAGCCGCAGGUGAAGAAGCCGGAUGUGGAGGUCUUGGGCUGGUGUGGUUACACGUGGUCUACGUUUCUGAGGCCAGUUGGACAUACUGCCAAAUUCUCAAAAAUGACGUUUGAGGCAGCUUAUGGUAGAGAUAUUAACAUGACAUUUUCUGGCAAUAGCUCUGGUGGACAUUCCUGCAGUCAACAUGCCAAUUGCACACUCCCUCAAAACUUGAGACAUUUGUGGCAUUGUGUUGUGUGACACAACUGCACAUUUUAGAGUGGCCUUUUAUUGUCCCUAGCACAAGGUGCACCUGUGUAAUUAUCAUGCUGUUUAAUCAGCUUCUUGAUAUGCCACACCUGUCAGGUGGAUUGAUUUUCUUGGCAAAGGAGUACUUCUCACUAAAAGGGAUGUAAACGAAUUGGUGCACAACAUUUUAGAGAAAGUAGCUUUUUGUGUGUGUUGUGUGUACAUUUCUGGGAAAUCUUAUUUCAGCUCAUGAAGCAUGGGCCCAACACUUUACAUGUUGCGUUUAUAUUUUAGUUCAGUAUAUUUAUAGUUCGGACUCUGAUAUUGCUGAUUCUAAUAUUUCUUUAUUUCUGUAUUUUUUUUAAACAUUUUGGGGUUUUAUGUGUAUUGUUGAAUUACUGCACUGUUGGAGCUAGGAACACAAGCAUUUCGCUACACCUGCAAUAACAUCAGCUAACAAUGUGUACGCCACCAAAAACAUUUUAUUUGAUAUGGAUGUUUGUCACAGACUCGUGAAGUAGGAUGCAGUAGUUUUUACUGGCCUUGCUAGGUUGACAAACACACACACACACACACACACACACACACACACACACACACACACACACACACACACACACACACACACACACACACACACACACACACACACGUACGUACACACCUCAACCUAAAUGCUUGGUUCUCUGCCUGAGCUGCCUGGUCCCAGAGCUUAGUCUGUCUGGACUGGAGCAUGUUAUCCUUCAGGAAUAGCCAGGGUAAUGCCUUGUCAUUUUGGUGGGAUGGACACUUAGUUCUUACUGUAAAUCAUUUUUGGGGCUAUUCAAUUUCACGGCGGGGCAGGCUGAAGCCUCUGCAUAGCAGCCUGGAGGAGAUUUUUUGGCUUUUUGGAGGCUUGAGGGAGAAGGAAUAAGCAUUUGUUGAUUUGGUCUCUUUGAUAUUCAGAUAUCAUUAGAGAAGGAAUGGAAUAGCAGCUGUGGAUAUCAACUUUAUUUAUUUACCAAGCUGUCCUCUGCUGUUAUUCGCCUGCCACUCUCCCUAGGCCAUGGUAAUUGUUUUUAAUAAUUCAACAUGAUGCCGCCACUGCCUCCCAUAGUAAGUUAUGCCAUAGAGAGAGUGUGUGUGUGUGAGUGUGUGAGUGUGUGUGUGUGUGUGUGUGUGUGUGUGUGUGUGUGUGUGUAGCAUAUCAAUACAGUCAGUCACCUAUGGAACUAAUUAAGUGAAACCAAAUUAGUCUCCGCUCCUUUGGAGAAGGUUGAGGAUUACGCAACAGCCAGGUCUCUGAUUCAUAUGAAUAGCGUCACAUGCACCGAAUACAACAGUAGACCUUACAGUGAAAUGCUCACUUACAAGCCCUUAACCAACAACGCAGUUUUAAGAAAAUAGAGUAAAGAAAAUAUUUACUAAAUAAACUAACGUGAAAAAAAAUAAGAUAACAAUGAGGCUAUAUACAGGGGGUACCGGUACCGAGUCAAUGUGCAGGGGUACAGGUUAGUCUAGGUAAUUUGUACAUGUAGGUAGGGCUAAAGUGACUGCAGAGAUAAUAAUCAGCGAAUAGCAGCAGUGUAAAACCAAAAAGAGUGGGGGGGUGUCAAUGCAAAUAGUCCGGGUGGCAAUUUCAUUAAUUGUUCAGCAGCCUUAUGGCUUGGGGGUAGAAGAUGUUAAGGAGAGUUUUGGACCUAGACUUGGUGCUCCGGUACCGCUUGCUGUGCGAUAGCAGAGAGAACAGUCUAUGACUUGGGUGAUUGGAGUUUAGACAAUUAUCUGGGUCUUCCUCUGACACCGCCUAGUACAGUUGAAGUCAGAAGUUUACAUACACUAAGGUAAACUCGUUUUUCAACCACUCCCCAAAUUUCUUGUUAACAAACUAUAGUUUGGGCAGGUCGGUUAGGACAUCUACUUUGUGCAUGACAAGUAAUUUUUCCAACAAUUGUUUACAGACAGAUUAUUUCACUUAUAAUUCACAGUAUCACAAUUCCCAUGGGUUAGAAGUUUACAUACACUAAGUUGACUGUGCCUUUAGCUUGGAAAAUUCCAGAAAAUGAUGUCAUGGCUUUAGAAGAUUCUGAUAGGCUAAUUGACAUCAUUUAAGUCAAUUGGAGUGGUACCUGUGGAUGUAUUUCAAGGCCUACCUUCAAACUCAGUGCCCCUUUGCUUGACAUCAUGGGAAAAUCAAAAGAAAUCAUCCAAGAUGUCCCCAAAAAAUUGUAGACCUCCACAAGUCUGGUUCAUCCUUGGGAGCAAUUUCCAAAUGCCUGAAGGUACCACAUUCACCUGUACAAACAAUAGUACGCAAGUAUAAACACCCAUGGGACCACGCAGCUGUCAUACCCCUCAGGAAGGAGAUGCGUUCUGUCUCCUAGAGGAACUUACUUUGGUGUGAAAAGUGCAAAUCAAUCCCAGAACAACAGAAAAAGACCUUGUGUAGAAGCUGGAGGAAACAAACAGGUACAAAAGUAUCUAUAUCCGCAGUAAAACGAGUCCUAUAUCGACACAACCUGAAAAGCCGCUCAGCAAGGAAGAAGCCACUGCUCCAAAACCGCCAUAAAAAGCCAGACUACGGUUUGCAACUGCACAUGGGGACAAAGAUCGCACUUUUUGGAGAAAUGUCCUCUGGUCUGAUGAAACAAAAAUAGAACUGUUUGGUCAUAAUGCCCAUCGUUAUGUUUGGAGGAAAAAGGGGGACGCUUGCAAGCUGAAGAACACCAUCCCAACCGUGAAGCACGGGGGUGGCAGCAUCAUGUUGUGGGGGUGCUUUGCUGCAGGAGGGACUGGUGCACUUCACAAAAUAGAUGGCAUCAUGAGGUAGGAAAAUUAUGUGGAUUUAUUAAAGCAACAUCUCAAGACAUCAGUCAGGAAGUUAAAGCUUGGUCACAAAUGGGUCCUCCAAAUGGACAAUGACCCCAAGCAUACUUCCAAAGUUGUGGCAAAAUGGCUUAAGGACAACAAAGUCAAUGUAUUGGAGUGGCCAUCACAAAGCCCUACCUCAAUCCUAUAGAAAAUAUGUGGGCAGAACUGAAAAAGUGUGUGCAAGCAAGGAGGCCUACAAACCUGACUCAGUUACACCAGCUCUGUCAGGAGGAAUGGGCCAAAAUUCACCCAACUUAUUGUUGGAAGCUUGUAGAAUCCUGAAACGUUUGACCCAAGUUAAACAAUUUAAAGGCAAUGCUACCAAAUACCAAUUGAGUGUAUGUAAACUUCUGACCCACUGGGAAUGCGAUGAAAGAAAUAAAAGCUGAAAUAAAUCAUUCUCUCUACUAUUAUUCUGACAUUUCACAUUCUUAAAAUAAAGUGGUGAUCCUAACUGACAUAAGACAGGGACUUUUUACUCGGAUUGAAUGUCAGAAAUUGUGAAAAACUGAGUCUAAAUGUAUUUGGCUAAGGUGUAUGUAAACAUCUGACUUCAACUGUAGGUCCUAGAUAGCAGGAAGCUUGGCCCCAGUGAUGUGCUAGGCUGUACACUGGAGUUUUACAUUUGAUUUAUCUUUGUAAUUGUUUGUUAUGAUGUGUGAUCCAUUCAAAGCGUCCUCUGUGGUUCAUAGCUGAAUGUUCAUCUCUGUAAGACUUCUCUGAAUUCUUUACAUGGAUCAGAGGAGGCUGGUGGGAGGAGCUAAAGGAGGACAGGCUCAUUGGAAUGGCUGGAAUGGAAUCAAGGGAACAGAGUCAAACACAUUGUUACCAUGUGUUUGGUACCAUUCCAUUCAUUACAAUGAAGCAUUCCUCCUAUAGCUCCUUCCACCAGCCUCCACUGAUAUGGAUCAUAGCUGAAUAUCAACAUGGGUCUUUCUAACACUUCAGGUAUAAUGCUUUAUUUCUGUUCUAAGCAUCUACGAGCCCUUCUAUUUUGAAAUUGGCUGUUACCACACCUAAUGCCUGUUGUUGGUAGUGUUACCUGCAUUUCCAUUUGAUGGUGUCUCCCGGAGUUCAGCUGCUGUUGUAGAUCUCUGUGUUCAGGGCAGUGAGAGGAUGGGGAGCUUUUAAUGUAGGAUUCCUGCUGAUUGUUAGCGCCGCAGGGCGCUGGGUGUGAACACUGUUGUCAGUUAACAUAAUGACGCUCCCAGCUCAUUGUCUUAAUGUGUGUGGGUGUGGGGGGGUCGGUGGCACAGGGACGCAGACAAAAGACAUGAAAUGACAUUGGGAGCAUGUGCCCAAAUGCUCUCACAGCUAUUUUCAGGCGGCACAGAAACCUUGAAAGGGAGUGAAAGUUAGAGAGAUCAAUGAAUCACCUAGUGGGUUGGUUAGCCGUAGCCUACUGUAUGUAGGGAAGAGUAGCUAGCUGUCAAAAAGGGAAUUGCAUCAAGACAUGUUGUGACGGAACCUUUUAUUGAAUUGAAGGGACAGUCUUGAACAGAUUCAUAACCACCAGUUUGCCGUGAUUGCGUCUUCAUCCUGUGCGUUGGAAUGACAGAGGUGUAUGUUCGAUAUACUCAUCAUACCUUGCAGGGCAUAUAUAAAAAAAGGAAAAUAAUUUGACAUGUAUUUUUCAGUAGGAUCUGUAGUAUUUAUAGGACACUUUUUGUGUAAAGAACCUUUGAAUUCUGAAUGUUGUUAUGAGGAUUGGCUUUCUGUCUCUGUGUGUUUCUCUGCUUCACUCUUCUAAAAGGCUUUCAUUUGAAGCGGGGGCCUGUAGUGCUGUAUUGUAGCAAGGAGGAGGACACACACAGUUUAGUUGUAGUGUAGCGAGGAGGAGGACUGGGAGCCACCAGCCCACGCUUGCAAAGCUGUGAAAACUCUACAUCCAAGCUUGAAUCCUCCCCCGUCCUCUGGCUGUUCUCCUAACAGCAGCCUCCCUCCACAGACCAGCAGCGAACGUCACGCUGACCUCAAUGUCAGGCUCCAGCCCAAACCAACCAACCAGUCAAGAAGAUGUUGACCUUUCUCUGUCUUUCAAAAACAACUACUGCUUUUUGUCCUCCUGUCCUUAGUGAAAUGAACAUGUUUUGAACCCGCCCAGGACUGUAGAUGUGGUCCUGGAUAUAUUCAGAUGACACAGCAAGCACAGAGUGAUUGUUUUGAAGAGGGCGUUUGGGUGCUGAGUCAAGGCCCCCACCCAUACAUCCAUCCGCUCACGCAUAGUACUCAUACAUACACACACACACACACACACACACACACACACUAAGCAUGUUUCAGACAGAAGAGUCUGGAAUUUUUUAUCCCUGGCAGCAGCCUCCCACAGACGUCCUCAAACCUAUCAUUUUCUCUGCAGUGGAAGAAUUGUGACGUACGCUGGUCGGUAGCUCAGCUGAAUUUUAAAAAGCUCCACACACCCACGCUCGAUACCACUACUGCAAGCAUCAUUAUAACAAACUUUCCUUGCUCUAUAUCCCCCUUCUACUGUGUGUCUGUCUCUGUCAGUGUUUUGCCUUGUUCAUGGGCCUGCAUUCAUUCUGUGUAAAUGCACAACGGACAGGAUUCUAAUAAGAUUUGAUAAUAGCUUUUUGAAUUGACAGUGUGCAAUCAAUGUCACAGCUCGGUUAUAAUCUCUAGUUUGGGUUGUUGGUUAGGAGAAAUGUUGUAUUUUGUUGCUGUGUGUGUAGUAUGCGUGUGUGGGUGGGCAGGGAAUUGUUGUGUGUGUGUGUGUUGUGGAUUUUCACUUAGUGUGAGUAAUGUGUGAUACACGUAUUUCUGUAGUGAGGAAGAUGAGGAGGCACUAGGGUUGAGCGGGAUCCAGAUGUUCAUACCGUUUCUGUACUAUACCGGGGUAUACGGAUUACCGGAAGUACACACGAGGGGGGCUAUUUAAAAAAAUAAUAUAGUAUUUGUGUGAGAACUGUGCGUGAGCGGAUGGAUGCAUAUGUGGGGGGCCUUGACUCAGCACCCAAACACCUUCUUCAGAAUCAUCACACCACCACUCUGUGCUUGCUGUGUCAUCUGAAUAUAUUCAGGGCUAGCUUUUAAAAAAUUAGAUGUGGCUUUUUUAAAUACAUUUUUGACAUGCAUAACAAUUUAGGUAACAGGGAUCUUGAUCCAGGAGGGGAUUGAAUGUCUCUGCUGUAACCAAGAAGCUUGAUCUUGACAUCUAGCCACUUAGCAAGCAAAUUAGCAAACCAAAUGCAUAGCUGGAGCCCUGAGCUGGAUAUAAUUAAAUUGACACAUCUUACAUUUCUUAUGUUAUUCGUAACUUAUUGUUAGCUAUAAGCAGUGGCGUAGCACUCACCCCCGCAGCCACAAAGAGGCAGGGCUACCCCCUCCCCCUUCGGUAUACAGUAUAAACAGUAUAUCGCCCAAGCCUAGGAGGCACACACUCGUUCAUACAUACACACACUCCGAAUGCACUGAUUGGCGGAUUCUUGGCAUUCAUCACAGCCUCUGAUCAAGGUUAAAGUCGUGAGAAAUACUCAGUGAUGCUCAAGGAAACACAAAUGAGUGAGUCUUCUCUGGGAAAGUCGAGAUGCAGGGUAAAAUAUUAACAUCAUUUGAGGAGAGAAAAUGCAAAGGUGGAAGGUUCGCUUCUGGAGCUGUCUGGGGAGAUCCUCACGGGAUUGGCUGUUUCAAAGCUGUCAAUCAUCUGGGCUCAGAUGGACAUAACACAUGCUGGCCAGAUUGACAUGGGGCACACAGUCAUGCAGAGCUGAAUCACCACACACAUACACACACACACACACACACACAGGGAAGAAGGUCCCAAGAGGAACUCCCCUAAUAUCAUUGGGCCAUGCUCUUACUCUGUUUUGAUUAAUACACAUCUCUGUGCCUCGCUCUCUAGUCCCCAUGCUCUCAUUACAGGUGCCUGUCAGUUGAUUUUUUUUUAAAUCAAUGAGGCUUGAUUCUGAAAUCAGGGAACAGUGCUCUCUGUUGGCUGCUUUGAUGAUGAUGCUGUAGCCAUAAAAAUAGAUUAGUGAUUAUACACUGAACAAAAAUAUAAACACAAGAUGUAAAGUGUUGGUCCCAUGUUUCAUGAAAUAAAAGAUCCCAGAAAUGUUCCUGACACACGAAAAGCUUAUUUCUCUCAAAUAUUUGCAAACAUUUGUAUACAUCCCUGUUAGUGAGCAUUUCUCCUUUGCCAAGAUAAUCCAUCCACCUGACAGGUGCGGCAUAUCAAGACGCUGGUUGAACUGAAUGAUUAUUAUUGUACUGGGAACAAUAAAAGGCCACUCUAAAAUGUGCAGGUUUGUCACACAACACAAUGCCACAGAUGUCUCAAGUUUUGUGGGAUCGUGCAAUUGGCAUGCUGACUGCAGGAAUGUCCAUUCAAAUUGAAUGUUAAUUUAUCUACCAUAAGUCGUCUCCAACGUUGUUUUAGAAGGUUUGGCAGUACGUCCAACUGGUCUCACAACCGCAGACCAUGUGUCUGGCGUUGUGACGGCGAGCGGUUUGCUGAUGUCAGCGUUGUGAACAGAGUGCCCAAUGGUGGAAGUAAGGUUAUGGUAUGGACAGGCAUAAGCUACGGACAAUGAACACAAUUGCAUUUUAUUGAUGUAAAUAUUAAUGCACAGAAAUACUGUAAUGAGAUCCUGAGGUCCAAAUGUAUUUAUGGUAUCUCUGACCAACAGCUGCAUAUCUGUAUUCCCAGUCAUAUGAAAUCCAUAGAUUGGGGCUUAAUGAAUUUACUUCAUUUUACUGAUUUUCUCAUAUGAACUGUAACUCAGUAAAAUAGUUUUUUCAGUAUAUUUGUGUGGCUGUAGCCUGGGGCAAUGUCACUAGGCCUACUCUAGCCUCAGGCACAGUGUCACUCUGCUUCCUGUGCAUCAUUGCUGCUAUCUUUUUAGUCUCUGAUCUGAUGACUUCAACCUGUGGAGCUCUGCUAUGAUGGCUCGGGUUCAUUCAUAUUGUAACGAUCUUUAAUUGGGAACUUAUCCUGAGAGUUAUGCAUUUUGUGAUAACACACACACAGAAUUUUAUUUGAAACAUGAGCUCAAAGAACCCACCUUUUUAUAGAAGCCAUACCGAUGCUUGGUCUCAUGAGUCCUCAUGAGUCAUUCACACAAUGUAAUAAUACUGACAUGCUAUUGACAACCUGUAACUUAAGUACACACACUACAAUACUACAUACACUUUUAUUGAAUUGGAAUGACAUUUAUGCAUAAGAUAACCUUUUCCCCUUCGGGUGCUACCAUAGACUGUGCAGACUAGUGGACGAGACUAUAAUGCAGAUGAAAUGGUGUUUCUGUAGUUCUGAAAUUGAGAUAAUUAUUUGUUUUACCAUUAGUAGUCAGCCUGCAGGUGUGUGAGGUCAGUCAUCAAUACCUAGAGACAAAGUGCUUGAAGGAUCAACAUCUGUACCAGUGGAGGCUGCUGAGGGAGUGCAGCUCAUAGUAAUGGCUGCAAUGGAGUCAGUGGAAUAGUAUCAACCAUAAUGAAACCACAUUUUGAUACCAUUCCAUUGACUCCAUUCCAGAUGUUAUAAUGAGCUGUCCUCCCCUCAGCAGCCUCCACUGGUCUGUACGUACGUAGUACCACUGGGUCUAAUAAUGAUGAUUGUCAAUGGUGCUAAUGGGGAUGCUGAAUACUGAUAGCCAUGAUGAAUAAGGUACUGUCUCAGCUCCCCUCUCCUUUCCCGGCCAGCCAGGAAGCAGCCUGCUGUUGAUUGUCAGAGGAACAGCGUGUGUCUGACGUUUUAACACUGACUCGAAUCCUCCUAUCGUUGAGGGUCGCGAGGAGAAAACAUGUCAUACAAUCUGCUAGACUACGGGUCUAGACAUUUGUAGCGUCUGUGGUCUGUAACUACAGGAAACCACCAGAAUGUUGUCUGUCUGCUGGUUGAUAUGAGGCUUUGCCUAUGAGUUCCAGCCUACUGUGGUAGAAGGAUCAACUGUAUGGCGUAAGCAUUAAUACACAUUUCUUAUUUUAUGUGAUCAGUGAGUAUCACACCACAUGAGAUGGAUAGAUGUGAUCAUAAGACUAAACUGGCAACAGUUCAAUCCUUUCACACAGUGAAAACCUUUGCCUAUUGGGUAACAUUUACAUUUGAGUCAUUUAGCAGACUCUGUUAUCCAGAGUGACUUACAGUAAUGAGUGCAUACAUUUUCUAACUUUUUGGUCCUGGGUAAGGAGGGUUCUCUUUACAGCUUUUAUUCCCAGUGAUAGGUUUGGUUUCUGAGCUUUCUAUAUAAUUAAUCAUCAGGUAUAAUAGAGACAUGAGGGGAGCCAUAAGUAAGCUUGGGAGGGGCUGAGUGCAGGGGAAACGAUCCCAUGUAGCAGUACUGAUAAGGGGAGGAACCGUUUAAGACCCAGAUACCUUAGCUCCCUGCUUAGCAAUAAUGAUGCAAUGAUUAGUGAUAAGGAGGAGACUCCACCCAAAGUGGGGUAUGAAUACUACCACGGGUGAAACCAUGUUUUUGUCUGACGCAGCUGUAUUGACCCUCUGGGAUGAAUAAACUUGGUUUAAGCUUUCAUAGUGUCCGUUGAGUUUGUACUCUGAAAAUUAGAACCUAACACCAGAAAGUAGGAUUUCUCUGUGAUCGUACACAGGCACUUCAAAUUCCAUUGAGUUUCUUAUAUGGCCUCAUUUAAAACCCCUGCACUACCUUCUGGCUUCUCUUCUGUUAUCGUUAUGACUCUCUCAGCUCAACUCUCUGAAAACUGGCUGCAUACUCUAGUCUAGAUUUACAUCCACGGCAGAGCAGAGGUACCUAGGCUGCUAAAAAUUUGGCUUACGUAACAAUACAAUACAGAACAGAAGCCUUUGAACAGUCGUCUCAAGCAGCAGAGUUGCCCUAGAAGAAUACUGGUUCCAACAGGAGUCAGGCUGCCCCCCCUCCCGGUGGAGACAUGUACUGCAUCCUGCCUGGCAAAUAGUGUUGGAUAACAUCGUUCCUAUUUGUAUUUAAUAGAGCGAGGAAGGAAAAAAACAAAUUACAGGGCCGUAAUGAGUUUUUCUAUAAAAACUGUUUCAUUAGACCUGUGCUGAAUUAAAUGCAGGAGAUGGUAUUUCCCUGAGGAUAGCCCAAGCAAAUGUCCUCCUCACAUUGGUUUACAGUGGAAACUACAUUCCUUUAGAGAGAAAUGUAUUUCUGACAGAUUCCAUAAUUGAAUUGGAGCUACAGUUUGCAGACUGUAUUUAAAUAUUUAUUCUCAGGGAGUUAGUUUGCCAGACCAAUAUUUAGUCUUUUACCUCUAUCAUUGGUAAAUAAUUCAUUUGGCGGUCUAAACGGUUAAUUCCCUAGGCCAGUUAUGGAGAACAUUAUGAGUGGAUAUGUAUCAUGACAUGUCAGGGGAUUAUUACCCUUCAACACAAUAAACGGUACUAGACAAUGGCAUGCCAGUGGGUGUUGUACUGUAUGAGUGUGAGAACAUCAACCACUUCAAAUCACUCAUUCUCUACUCAGUAUCUACUCAAGUUAUGCAAAUAAGACACUUGAUAAAUACCUAGAUGGAGACAGAUUAAAGAUGUUAGCUAUAAAGUCACCCUUUUGAAAAUAAGGCUACUACUAUGUAGAAUACAGCAGUGCUCCAGUUUGAGAACAUGUAUAUGUCUCUGAAUCUUUCAAGGGCCUGAGGUUGUUCUGUAUAGAGAGAAGUUGUCUGUUAUCUUUUGGUGGGAUGAUCCAGUAGACACAUGCUGUCUGGGUGUUGCUUUGCUUGGGCCAGCCAGAUGGAAUCUGUCCAGAUGUCCUGUCAGGAUCAUGUCCUCACAACCCUGGUUCUCUACAUGUGCUCUGAUUACUAAUUGAUAAAGUAUUAUGUAAAAACAUGUUCAUAUAAUGUUUUUACUGUGUUACUAAACAGGUAUAAAAGCAACUAAAUGGUUACCGUUACAGGUUCUGUUUUUUGGUGUCAUGUAUGGAGUGUUCAAAAAUGAUGUACUUUCUUUAGCAGUUAUAGCCUAUUUAGAAAAUAGUUUUAUAUCAAGCAACGCUAUUUUCCAGUGGCCCUUAUCAACAUGUUUCUCUCUAAACACAUGGGGGUGCUGCUUUUGAUGGCGUCAUCAGUUUCCUCAGUGUCCCGUGGUGAUAAGAAUAUGGAAUUAGGGCUUGACCUAGUUGGUCAGCUUUGUGUUGUGCCUUUAUUCAGAGUGGUUGCCAUUUGAUUGACCAAUGCCUAAUUGAACACCAAAGCUCUGCCCAUGCUGAAUAUAAAGCUGGAAUGUGGCAGAUUAUGCAGUGAGUUCCUUUUGGAGCCUGAAAUGACAUUGAAAAAACAAGCUGAAUACGCAUCCGUUUAUGGCAGCCAAUCAAUGACUUAUGAGCUAAUAAUUGUUCCUGUGGAAAGGUUAAUUUACUUCUUUUGGGAAGGUGUCAAAGCCAGAUUUGUAAUUAUUACUUAGUGGUAUUUUGUAGAGGUGACAUUUUACAUACUAACUAAUUUAUCAGAUUAUUUCAGUUAUUAACAACACUGUAAAAAAUAAUUUGCUGCCUGCCAUAAAUGGUAGUCGGGUCACUCCUGGAGUGACUAAGUGUGUGAGAGCGUGUGUGUGCAUGUGUGCGAGCGUUGUCACUGCAUGUGUAUGUAAACACCGGGAUCGAUCCACUCAAACCGUAGUCCAUUAUUGCUGUCAGGUUAGGUGGCAAUUACUAAAGCAGUGACUGUUACUUUCACACAAUUAGGCGACUUUCUGCAUUGAGCUAUCUUAGCUUUUUUACAACGAACUAGAGAACAUAUCUUGCCCUUUCAAGCUAUCUGACCCACUUGUGUGCAACACAUGUGACCUGCUUUUACAGGACCCUAGGAUUAGCAGUGCUUUAUGUAGCAUCUAAAACUUGGCUACAUGGAAGCCAGAACUUCUGGUACUUCCACUCACUCUCCCUCCUUCUUUAGAAAGCCAUGGGAAAAUCUCUGCCUUUGUGUUUUCCCUAUCCCUGCUUGUUUGGUUGCAAGAGAGAACUUGAUGGCGAGGGAGGGAGGAAUACAGAGAGCGACCGAGAGAGGAGGCACUGGGGACACAAAGUUCUCUUUCAUAGCAUUUUGUUCUGGGAUCCUAUCUUUGUUGACUGCUGCAGCAGCAGUGGAUGCUCAGCUCCCUCUUCCCGGGAUCCUAUUCUUACUGUUCACUCACUGUCAUCCAUUUUACUCUCUGGGGGCUGAAAUCCCUCUAGAGAUCCCGUGGAGGAACUCAGCUCAGUGGAGUCGGUGUGUUUUAAUGCAGAGCAGCCGACCCGUUGAGAUCCGGUCCUUGUUUUCUGACCGUCCCGGGGGUUGGGAAACUGCUGGAAAGUUCAGACAGACACACUCCCUCACGCUACGCACGGCAAGCAGCUCAGCGAUGAAGGGUUUUGUCUGCACCGCAGGUAGAAAAGGAUUGCUCACAACUUGCCAAGAAGGAUGUCUCAGUUUUUCAUAAGUUGCUCACAGCCUCUCAGGGACUCUAUGACAAACAUGUGUUUGUUUGUUCCAAAGCAAACAGUGGAAUGGCUGUUUUAGCUGUCGCUCACCCUCACGUCGGACAGGUAGAAGAAGAAAGUAGAGGAGAGGGGAGAAUGCAACCAGCCAGGCACCAUCCAGCCUUUUGCGGUGCUGCUGCUGAAUGCUGAGUAUAAGGCUGCAGGGUUAUGGAGGUGGCACAGAGGCUUUGCUCAGGCUUGUUUGAAGUUUUUUUCCCCAUGUCAAAGGUAAAGGAUUACACGGGGGGUUGGAAUGCAGCCUGGAAGUGAAGGACUCAGAGAGCUACCCUAAACACCACCACACCAGGGAGAGGAGUGUGAGAUUGUGUUUGCUUUGCGACUGUGUGUAUGUAGGUGUGUGCGUGUAAGUUAGGCUAGUUUGUGCAUGCCUGUGUGUGUGGGGGAGUGGUAGUGGGUAGUGCCAUGCUACUGCUGAGCAGUCGGGCUACGGAGCAGACUAUCCCCGGGGCCACAAGUAAAGCUGUAACAGCCCACCAGUCAGGAGGAGGUAGGACCACGGUGUACCACAUCUCUGUCAUCCUGAAUGGAACUUUGGGGCAUGAGGGGGUGAGGGAGGGCCUGGCCGCCAGACACGCCUCCCUGGAGCAGAGUCAUCCGGCAGCCAGGAGCACUAGGGCACGGCCAAAGGCGCUGCAGGGGGAGGAGGGACACUUCAGGCUGGGCAAGGCACGGCAGAAGCUUGGCAGGUGGCCCUCCCUGAGCCGUACAGGCAGAGUGGGGGGGAGGAGGGAGGAGGAAGAGGAGGGAAGAAAAAUGAAGACGGACCGGUUUCUCCAACUCCAACAGCUCUCUAGUAACUCAGCAGCUCCAGCAGCAGCCCAUCCUUCUCAGAUAGACAGGGAGACUGCCGCGGUAGGAGUAGAGGUAAAGGCAGCCACAGCAGCUCCAGAGCAACAGAAGACCCAGGUAGAGAUCCAGGGACAGAACUUUUCUCCCCAGACUGAAGGGCCUCUCCCUGGGCAUCAUGGUGGUGUUCUGGCCGGUGGUGGCUCUCCACCCCGGGCUGUGCUCCUCAGGAGGCCAUCCCAGGACGGUGCUGCUCCACACAACAGGAGGGCAGUGAGCAUGUAUGGAGCCGCAGCCAGGCAGCAUCGAGGCUCGCUAAGCCGCCAGGACAGACAGGACAGGCCCAGGAGUGUGUGCAUACUUGCAGGCCCCAACCUCAACCCUGCCCUAUCAGAGCCCGGGUCCCACUCCCAACAGACCUCCAGGAGGGGGGCUACAAGGUCUCUGGACGGUCCCCCACAGCAGCGCUGGACCAGGAGGGCAGAGCUGCGGGCGGUGGACGGCCUUAAGCCAGGGGUGCUCCCUCAGUGGACGGUGGCGGGGGCUGAGGAGAAGGUGGUCCCCCGGGUCCGGCAGCAGACCUGGAAGCCAAGACCGGUCAGCAUGACUGUGUUGGAGCUGAGGAAGAAGGCCUCGGGGUCUCAGGAAGGGCUGGACAGCCAAGGAGGAAGCCAGGGGGGAGGUCUAUUUGGACGCUGGAGGCUGUUCGGCCGACCAGCCCAGGACAAGGAGAAGGAGGAAGCCCCAGACCCAGGCUCCAAGCUCAGCAGCAAGCCGGAUGCCCCCAAGAAGACCCUGAGCUCCUUACGCCGGAGCCUCAGUCUGCGGAUCAGGAGGAACCGGCCACGGGAAAGAGUGGACAUUUCUGAGGUGACAGCAGAGGAACGCUCACGCACUACAAGUAUGGAGCAGGAGACAUCUCGCCCCUUGCGGCCCUUCUCCUAUCUGACUGGGAGGACCCUGCCACCUCCUUACGAGAGGGAUGAUGAUGGAGGGAAGCAGUUCAUUCAGUACCACAGCCAGGGCAAGGUCAAGGUGAUGGAGGUGCCCCUCUACCCAGCCAAACUGUCCUCCUCUACUAAACCGGCCCAGGAGGAGGCCAGCCUAUGGCAGCUCAUAGCCAGACGCUUUAGGAGGAAGGAGCAGCAGCAACCGUCCAACGGUAAAUGUGAACUCCAGCCCCGACACCUGAGCAAAGAGACUGGCAAAUAUUCCCUGGGCAGGAUUAUAAAGCCUCAGUCAGUUGCAAUAGAGAGUCUGGUAGACUGCAACAAAGGUCAAGACUCUUUCGUCAAUAGCCAGGAGUGGACAUUGAGUCGAUCAGUGCCAGAGCUCAAAGUGGGUAUUGUGGGUAAUCUGUCGAGUGGGAAGUCGGCCUUGGUCCACCGGUACCUGACAGGCACAUAUGUGCAGGAGGAAUCUCCUGAAGGUGGUCGGUUCAAGAAAGAGAUGGUGGUUGAUGGACAGAGCUACCUGCUGCUGAUCAGAGAUGAGGGAGGCCCCCCGGAGCUGCAGUUUGCAGCAUGGGUAGACGCGGUGGUGUUUGUCUUCAGUCUGGAGGAUGAGAUCAGUUUCCAGACAGUCUACAACUAUUUCCUGCGUCUGUCCAGCUACAGGAACACAGCAGAGGUCCCCAUGGUCCUGGUUGGGACGCAAGAUGCCAUCAGUGCUGCCAACCCCAGAGUGAUCGAUGACUCGCGGGCGAGGAAGCUGUCCAACGAUCUGAAGCGCUCCACCUACUACGAGACCUGCUCCACCUAUGGCCUCAAUGUGGAACGAGUCUUCCAGGAUGUUGCCCAGAAGGUGGUGGCUCUGAGGAAAAAGCAGCAGCUGUCUAUUGGUCCGUGCAAGUCCCUGCCCAACUCUCCCAGCCACUCAUCAGUCCCCAACGCAUCCAUCCCCUCUGUGCAUAUUAACCAG